AUGAUUAGUCUACCAGACUCAUCCCAAAAGAAAGAUUGGGUAUUUUUAAAUUCAUUAUCUUGGGUAGGCACCUCCGUUCCAGAUCACUUGCUGAAGAUGAUAUUGAAAGCCGCGCUUCCGAUAAUAGCCAAGAAUUAUUUCACAAAACAACCGGUUUUGGAAGCUGUUUUAUACAGUAGUGUUGAGGAAUCCUUUAAUGCGUCUGCUGAUUAUUCAUAUUUCUUCGUCAAAGCAGUCAUAAGAGAGACCAAUUGUCCUGCUACCAAAAAUAUAGAUCGCGAUGCUUAUAAGGAGUGUUUCGAGCAAAAUAUGGAAGGAUCAUUAAAAUUAUGCGCGAUUCAUAUGUAUUAUAAACCUGCAACCGAAGAAUUUAGAAAAAAUAUCAUAAAAUGCUGGAAAAUGAAUAAUCCUUCCCUGAAAGACGAUUAUUAUACUGACAAAGCUCUGGAAGCUGUAGAACCAAUAAUAAACCGACAAAUCAUUAAUGAACAUCAUUAUUACGCAUCUUUUCAUAUGGAAAGCAUUGAUAGAAUUUAUCAUCUUGAUUUAAAGACCCCAGAGAUUUGGUAUGACCAAAUUUUCUAUCUAAAAUUUCAAAUUCAACAGUGCUUAGAGCCCCUUGAUAACAAAUGUAUUUCACCCGACGAUGAAAGCAAUGUAUUAACCUGUUCUGGUGAAAUAGAUGUGUCCUCAAAACAACCGGAUCUUUAUGAAGAAUAUAUGUUUGAUUGUAAAUAA